AUAAUUAAUUAAUAACUGAAGUAUUAUUUCAGUACAGUAACAUCAUUCCAAUCUCCUCAAAUACCAUUCUCUCUCUUUCUCUCUCUUUCCUUCUCUCUAAAUUGAAGAACAUGUCGGACGCGUUUUGCAGCGAUUGUAAGCGAGAAACAGAGGUGGUAUUCGAUCACUCAGCGGGCGACACAGUAUGUUCAGAGUGCGGUCUCGUACUCGAAUCCCACUCCAUCGACGAAACCUCCGAGUGGCGUACUUUUGCCAACGAAUCCAACGAUAACGAUCCCGUUCGUGUUGGAGGUCCCUCUAAUCCUCUCUUAACUGACGGUGGCCUCUCCACCGUUAUCGCUAAACCUAACGGCUCUUCCGGCGAGUUCCUUUCAUCUUCUCUCGGUCGUUGGCAGAAUCGUGGCUCUAAUCCCGAUCGAGGACUUAUCCUCGCUUUUAAAACCAUCGCUACUAUGUCUGAUAGGUUAGGACUUGUUGGCACCAUCAAGGAUCGAGCAAACGAGAUAUAUAAGAGGGUUGAAGACCAAAAGUCUAGUAGAGGAAGAAAUCAAGAUGCCUUAUUAGCAGCUUGUCUCUACAUCGCUUGCCGACAAGAAGACAAACCACGAACUGUAAAGGAAAUUUGCUCUGUUGCCAAUGGGGCCACAAAGAAGGAAAUUGGCCGAGCAAAAGAAUACAUAGUGAAACAACUUGGUUUGGAGAAGGGCCAGUCCGUAGAGAUGGGCACAAUACAUGCUGGGGACUUUAUGAGGCGAUUCUGUUCCAAUCUUGGUAUGAAUAAUCAAGCUGUUAAAGCUGCUCAGGAAGCUGUGAAGAAAUCCGAAGAAUUUGAUAUAAGGAGGAGUCCUAUAUCAAUUGCUGCUGCAGUUAUAUACAUCAUAACUCAGCUUUCAGAUGAUAAAAAACCUCUCAAAGAUAUAUCAAUUGCCACAGGAGUUGCAGAAGGAACUAUUAGGAACUCCUACAAGGAUCUUUAUCCUCAUGUUUCAAAAAUAAUACCAAACUGGUAUGCAAAGGAGGAGGAUUUGAAGAACCUUUCUAGCCCUUGAAAUAUAGAGAAAAACCACCAGUAUUUAUGUCAUUAGACCAAUCUGUUUCGAAUUCACCGAACUGUUCAUUAAAAUUAAAGUGCCUUUUGGGUUUCUUUUUGUGUUAUUUUCCUGUCAUUUUCUUGCCAUCAAUCAUUCCAUUUUUAAUCUUGUAAAAACCUCCCAAUUCAUUGGGAGCGAGGCACCAUAUAAUGCAUGUAUUAUUGACUUUGGUGCAGCAUAGCGGAGUUAAUACUGUGUGAACUCACCUGCAUUAUUUGAGUUCUCUUUUGCUGUGAUUGCCGCUUCUUGA